CUCAGUGAGGUUCAGGGUCAGAGGAUGUCAGGUUGCUCUCAGGGGAGUCUGCUCAGAUGAUGCUGUAUGCUCGUGUGUUUGCUGUGCUCACGGUGAGGAUGGACUCUCACACACCGCAGUGAGUCGUUCACACACUCUAUGGAGGAGCCGGCCGUCACGCUCUGACACACAGGUUUACCGUCUGAAGGUGUAGGUGUCUUCUGGGUUGAUAGAUCAGUCAUACUGCAGCAUGGCCGACGCAGGUGAGAGCGUGAAUAAAGACAUGAAGGUGUUCGUGGUGGACAGCCAGGUGCUCCCUCCUCAGGUGUCUGUGAGGAGGGACGGCCCGCAGCUCUCCGUCAUCUACCUGCUGCUGGCCGUGGCUCUGCUGGGGGUCUUCAUCGAGGCUGGGUUCAUCUGGCAUCUCUACAGCAGGACCGCGGCAUCAUCAGAUAUCCAGAAAGUGGAAUAUAUAAAAGGAGAGAAGCACACGUUUCCCAGCAGUUCACAUGAUUCCAAUGAAAUUUUGCCUGCAAAACCUCCCAAAGCUGAGAGCAAACCGGCAGCAUUUCUGCAAAUCGCUUCGCCCCCGUUCAGCGGGAAUGGCGUCCUGCACUGGAGAGCCGACAGCUUCCCGGUGUUCAUGAGGGGUCUGGAAUACAAGGACAACAGCCUGUACGUCCAGCAGGAUGGAUACUAUUACAUCUUCUCCAAGAUCUCUCACAUGGAGAACUGCAACUUCUUCAAGCAUCAGGUCAUGCAGUGUACGGAGAGGUACAACUUCAAGGCCAUCGAGCUGAUGCAGAGCUCCAGGUUUAUCUGCGUGACCAAUUUAUCCCAAUCGAGGGGCAACAGCUACCUGGGAGGCAUCUUCCACUUGUUUAAAGGAGACAGUGUGUUCGUGAAGGUCAGUAACAGCUCGCAGGUGCACGGAGAAGCGUACGAGAACUUCUUUGGUGCCUUCAUGGUCUAAAUACUGACAUACUGCUGCAAGAAAGUCCCACACACACCCUCAGGUUCUCAUUCCAGUUUUUAAAUAUUAUUUUACAUAUUUAGCGAAUUGUUGCAAUAUAGAAUUGUGCGUAUUGUGUGUAUUUUUAUUUCUGCAGGUGUAUAAAUAUAUUUUGUGUGAGUAUGGCUGAAACCUGCGCCUCGGAUCAGAUACGAUUUCUCUGUAAAGUUAAACGAUGCGUUAGAGGCCCAUUCUCAGGAAACCAUUUGAAAAGAAACAUAUUAUUAAUCACAUGUUUUUAAAUAUCUGUACUAUUUAAGAGAACAUGUUUUAAAUGCUUGUAAACUUGUUACUGUCAUCCAUCCUUUAUCUGUCAUAAGCUGAUGUCAAUUUAUAUACAUAUAUUACAUGUCUUUGUUUGAAGUGAGAGGCACCAUGAAACAGUUUGAUCAUUUCUGACUGUCAUUUUAAUCUGAAUUAAACUGUAUUUCAUGCGUCGCUGCAUUCUGGAAUGUUUCAGUGCAAUUCAUAAUGCUACAUGCAUCUCAGCAUUGCUGUAUAAACCAGAGAUUUCUUGUAUGGACAGGUUUAUUUUUCUUUGUUUUAUUUAGGUAUUUUACCACCACAGCUAGUCAAAAACACGUUAAAGGAACACUUCACAUAAAAAUGUAAAUUUGCAGGCCAUUCAAGAUCAGGAUGAGUUUGUUUCUUCAUCAGAUUUGCAGAAAUGUGUCACUGCAUCAGUGUCUCAUCAAUGGAUGCUCUGCAGUGAAUGGGUGCCGU